AUGUUAAAAAAGAGAGGAUCAGAUUAAUUAGAUAUAAUUUUUGAAGCUGGUGAAGAUUUAAUGAAUUCUUCAAAGAAUCAAGUUAUUAUUCUAAAGAACAAUUCUAUCAGACUACCACUCACAAAACCUAGAACAUUUUUAUCGUAUAGUUUAGAAUUUUGUGGUAUAACAGGUUUAAAUUAUAAAUAACUUCGAUUUUAAUCAUUAGGAAGAGAUAUUAGAGUAUUUGAUUGAUUAAUGAUUUAGCCUGAAACUAAUAUUAUGACUGCAAGUUUAGUUAAAGUGAUACAUACAAAUGAAUUUAAUCAGAUGGUUCAAAAUCCUUUAAAAACAUCAUUAUAAAACUUAUUUUAAGGGGGAAUAUUUAGUGAUGUAAUUCUUAAGAUUAAUGAUGAAAUAGUAAUGAUUUCAAUAUAUUUAUAUAUAAAUAGGUACUUCCAUUACAUAAAUGUAUAUUGUCUUGUCGAUCUCCAAAAUUUAAUGGAAUGUUUUCAUCUAAUCUUAUGGAGAGUACAUAGAGUAUAAUAAAAGUAGAAUAUAAAAAACCUGAAUUGUUUAAAUUGAUGUUAGGUUGGAUAUAUAGUGGAUAUUGGAAAGAAGUAUUUAAAUAAAAUAAUAAUUUUGAUAGUUCCCUGAUAAUAUUGCAGAUGCAUGUGAUUUAAUGUUAUUGGCAGAUGAAUAUAUGAUAAUGGAUUUAAAAUAAAAGUGUGAAGAAGAUAUUAUAUCUAAAUUAGACAUCUCAAAUAUUUUAUAGAUCUUAUUAUUUGUUGAAAAAUAUUGUGAUAUAUUAUCUCCAAUAAUAGUAGAUAAGGCUCAUACUUUAUUUAUAGAUGAUUUUGAUUAAAUAUUACGAUUAAAUCCAAAUUUAGAAUAAGAGAUAACUAAAGUACCAGGAUUGAUGACAAAAUUAUUUUUAAAUUAUCAUUAGAAGAAGAUUAGAAAAGCAAGAAAAGUUCACUUUGUAGUAGAAGACUUCGAUUAAUAGGAAUCAGAUUCGGAUUAUAAUUCAUAGGAUUAUGUAAGAAAUUAUACACAAAAUUUUUACUAAUGA